CUCCCCCAUAUUUUUUUUCUUUCAAAAAAAAUAUAUGCAUAUAUAAAUAUUUCUCUCUAGAAAACGAGAAGUUUUGGGUACAGCUCCCAUUUUAGCUCUUUUCUAACCUCUUAAGGUCAUCUGAUCUGUUCUCAACCUCAUUUUAUCCUUAAAUUUAUACAAGAGAAAAAAACUGAUCGAAGGGAAUUCCAAGUUUAGGUUAUCUCUAUAUAUAUCUAAAACUAUACACAAGGAGGGCCGUUGGGGACGUUCGAUCUUGUUUUGAGAUUAAGUGAACCCUUUUUUGUAGUUUCUGGGUUCAUUUUUUUGGAUACGUAAAAGUAAUAUCGGAGGUGUAAUUAUAAUACAAUUUGGCGUGUGUUUUUGGAUAUAUUUUCUGAUCUUGAUCUGAAAACAACGUUUCUGGAAACAAAUUAUAUAUAUAAAGAUGACUUGUGUGGUUUCUCGGACUGGGAGAGAGUUACAGAGGUAUAACAAUAUGGGCUGCCGUCAAGUUGUAGGGUGCAUACCUUACAGAUAUAAAAAUGAAAACAAUGGAGAUUCGUCCAGUAUUGAUAAUACGAGCAAUGAAUUGGAAGUCCUUGUGAUCAGUUCACAAAAAGGUCAAGGAUUCAUGUUUCCCAAGGGUGGUUGGGAGCUUGAUGAAUCUGUGGAAGAAGCAGCUUCUCGGGAGUCUCUCGAGGAGGCUGGCGUUCUCGGCAAAGUCGAGCGUGAACUGGGGAAGUGGAGUUUCAUUAGCAAAAGCCGUGGAACAUAUUAUGAAGGCUCCAUGUUUCCUUUGCUUGUGAAUGAGCAACUUGAUCUCUGGCCUGAGAAAAAUGUCCGUCGAAGAAUUUGGAUGACUGUAACAGAAGCAAGAGAAGUGUGCCAACAUUGGUGGAUGAAGGAGGCUUUGGACAUUUUGGUGAAAAGGCUUUCCUCUCCAGUAGUACAAGUGGUAGAGCAACAUGAUGAGAUUCUGAUGAGUAGUAGUGCUAAGGAGGAAGAUAUAGUAGUGGCUUGUGCUCUUAGUUAAUUAGAUCACAGUUUCUGUAAAUAUAGAAACUCUCAAAUCAAAUAUUGGCUUUUGGAGUUUAAUUAAUUCCUAAAAUCAAAUACUCCAAGUUAAGUUUGUUCAGUCUCUUAAAGCUUAUUGUCAAUAUCAGGCAGAAUAUGUUAGGCAGAAGAAAAAAAAGUGUACAAAAACUGAAAGUGCUUUCUUAUUAGUACUUCAUGAUAUUGAUAUACAUGCUUUUUUUUUUU